ACGGAUAGAAAGAUAAAGUGCAGUUGAGAGUGUUUGGCGCUCCACACUGAGUGGUGGUUGCUCCUUCUUCUUCUUCUUCUUCUUCUUCUUCUUCUUCUUCUUCUUCUUCUUCUUCUUCUUCUUCAUCCUGGACUCGCAUUUCUCCAGUCCUUUUGAACACUGAAAGAUUGUUUCAGAGCAACAACAGGGAGGGGAUUGAAGAAUAAUGCCAGCCACAACUUUUUCACACUUCGCAUUUCAUUCACCUUUACUUUCUUCAUCUCCCAAAUUCAUUCCCACUUGUUUGGUUUCUCCUAACUCUCCUUGCCGGAGCUUCUCGCUUCAUGAUUCUGCUCCCCUUCUUUUCAGGUUUUCAAGUUGCUGCCGGACAGCAACUACCAAACAGUGGUUUUGGCGCAAAACAGAAGUGGUUUCAAAAUAUUACGAUCACCAAGAACUUUGUCAUCAUGACUACAGUAGCCGUGAGUUAUCUACAAAAUCAAUAACUAUUCUGGAUAAUUGUCGUGCACCUGAAAAGCCAUUAGCAAAGUACAGCUCAGCGGAGGGCAUUAAUGAAAAUACAGAUAACCAAAAAUCUAGCAGUUUAUUCAGCAGUUCAUUUUUGAAACUUAUGCUCCUGUCUGGGUUCUUCAUACUUCAAGACUCUCAGCAUGCAUUAGCUGGUUCAGACGAUGUUGCUACUGGGUUGCAGUCAGUUCCACUUCUGGGAGACCUUGGUGAUAUUAGCACAGGUUUUGCUUCAGCGUUUUUGCUAAUCUUUUUCUCAGAACUAGGGGACAAGACCUUUUUCAUUGCAGCUCUUCUAGCAGCUAGGAACUCUGCUGCUAUUGUUUUUACUGGAACUUUUGGUGCACUUGCGGCAAUGACCAUCAUAUCUGUUUUUCUUGGACGAACUUUUCACUAUGUUGAUGAGAUUCUUCCAUUCAGGCUUGGUGAUAGUGAUUUCCCAGUCGAUGAUAUUGCAGCUGUCUGUCUCUUGGUGUAUUUUGGGGUUACAACAUUGCUUGAUGCCAGCUCAAGUGAUGGACUAAAGGCAGAAGAUGAGCAGAAGGAGGCAGAAUUAGCUGUCUCCAAGUUCUCUGGAAAUGGUGCCGGGAUAUUAGCUGCUGCCAGUACUGUUGUCAGCACCUUUGCAUUAGUGUUUGUAGCUGAGUGGGGUGACAAGUCAUUUUUCUCUACCAUUGCCCUUGCUGCUGCUUCUUCACCCCUUGGAGUCAUUGGAGGUGCACUAGCUGGUCAUGGUGUUGCAACAUUGCUUGCAGUUCUAGGAGGUUCUUUGCUAGGGACAUUUUUAUCAGAAAAGAUUAUUGCAUACGUUGGAGGAGUUCUAUUUCUCGUCUUCGCUGCCGUAACUUUAGUAGAGAUAGUAAACUAGGAACUGUAGUAUUUCAAAACUCUCCUAUUGACAUGAUUUGUGAAUUAACUUUCUUUUCUUCUUUUUUUGGUGGAAUGAAGAUAUAUAUCUCACAAAAGAUUUAUGGUGUUAUGCACAUCAAGUUUGAGCGGAGGAGAAGAAAGUUCAAUCAGAUCAAUAUAAAGUUAAAAAGUCUCAGAAUCUAAUGGUUGUGUGGCUUUGGACUUCUUAUCCUUGUUGGAUGAGACAAUGAGAGGUUGGCCAUAUUUUCUCCAUACUUUAAGAACUAUAUUUGGUAAAUGAGCUUCAAAAAGUUAUUCAGUUGAUUUUUUGUUUGAUAAA